UGAAGGAGAGUGGGUUUCACUUCCGGAGCGCCCUGUUGCCCCCCCCUUCCCGCGGGCUCACUUCCUGUGUUGUCGGGAAAGGUGGGGGUCCCUGUUUUUGGUGCUGCUGCUGUUGCUGCCGCCUCCGCCGGAGAGAGGGUGGGAGUUGAGGUCUCAUGGAGCCGCAGCUGUGAGGAGCCCCCGGCCCGGGCCCGCUGUGGGAGCCGGGCGGAGGCUGGACACGGGAGCCGCCGGAGCCGGAGGAGAUGGACAAAUUGACCAUCAUCUCAGGAUGCCUCUUUCUGGCCGCCGACAUCUUCGCCAUCGCGAGCCUGGCGAACCCGGACUGGAUCAACACCGGGGAGUCCGCGGGUGCACUCACAGUUGGCCUUGUGCGACAGUGUCAAACCAUCCAUGGACGUGACAGGACCUGUAUUCCUCCACGGCUGCCUCCUGAGUGGGUCACCACAUUAUUUUUCAUCAUUAUGGGAAUCAUUUCACUGACUGUCACGUGUGGUUUGCUAGUGGCUUCCCACUGGCGAAGAGAAGCUACUAAAUAUGCCCGCUGGAUAGCAUUCACUGGAAUGAUCCUAUUCUGCAUGGCAGCCCUAAUAUUUCCAAUAGGAUUUUACAUCAAUGAAGUUGGAGGUCAACCAUAUAAAUUGCCCAACAAUACAGUGGUUGGGUCCUCAUACGUACUGUUUGUCUUAUCAAUUUUCUUUACAAUAGUGGGACUUCUAUUUGCCGGCAAAGUUUGUUUACCUGGCUGAUGAAUAUCUGAACUGCAUGAGUUUGUGUCAGAGGAGAGCAAGAUAUCGGAGUUGCAUUCUCAGGAGAAAGCCUAGAUCAGACUAUCAAAUGCUUACUGAAAAGAGGAAUGCUUUGACUUGUUCUUACUAUGCACUUUGGAUUUAAAAAAAAAGAGAGAGAGAGAGCCUUUCCCAUAACCAAAUACAGACAUCAUUGACUAAUCUCCUGAGCAUAUUAAUGCAGUCAGGUCUGCACUGUGAUAGGGACUAGUGAAGAAGAAUGCUUUACACUGAGAAGCAUAUUGCCCCAUGUUACUGUAUCUGUUUUUAAUGUCUAACAAUUUGAAAAUCGAAGUAUUUAUGAACCUUGUGGUAGACCAGAGGGUUGCAAAGGAGUUCAAGUGAGGCUGGCCUCACAAUUUAGGAGAUUAGCAUUUUACAUCUUCUUUCUGAUGGGCAAAGCCUUUGGCACCAAAAUGAAUCCAUCUUGCAUUACUGCACCAAGAAGCCAAUAGAUCAAAAUAUGUUCUUUACAAUGUAUGUAACAAAAAAAAAUGACACACAUCCCCCUUCAGCUGUAGAACAACACUAAGAAACUUUUUUUUUUUGGGGGGGGGGGGGGAGGUUCUUUAUAUUUAUAUACAUAUAUAUAUAUAUUUUGCUGAUGCAGUAUACUCUGUGUGUGUGUGUGUGUGUGUGUGAUGUAUGUAUAUAUAUAUAUAUGUAUAUGUAUAUAUACACACAAACAGUUCCUGGAAGAUAACUCAGAAUGCUUUGCUAGCAGAACACUGUGGUGUGCAAAACUAGAACUCAAUAGAAAAAAGCCAUUUCUCUGAAGGCCACAUACCUGAGAGUCUUCAGUUUACCUCAUUCUUUGUAGCAGCCCUUGAUUUUAACAGGUUUUUGUAACAGGUACAAACAAUCCCAUGCCUUUCUAGGUGCAAUUUUAAGUUAAGCUAAAAUUCUUUGUAUGGUAAUUUAUUUGUAUAUGAGGGUAGAAGGUGAGAUCACGUCAUACCUUAAAGUUAAAAUCCUAAUUUUGGGAAAUGGACACUAUUUAAAUUAUUAGCAACUGUUGUACAGGGAGUCUCUUUUCUACUGCUUUGUUUGUUACAUUAACAAUGAAUUUAUUUAUACAUGUUCAAGCACAGCAAUUUACCAUAGGUAAAUUUUUCUAAUGCAUAUAACAUUCAGUGUUUAGGUCAACCUGUAAAAACACUGUUCUGUAGUAAAGCUGGAUGAAUUUAUUUUCACUUGUGAGUAUUAGGUUAAUUCAUCUUCUUUACCAAAAAAUGAGCAAUAUAACUGUUUUUAAUGUCCAUAUGCCUUGUUUACUAAAGUUGAAGAUAAAAAUGUGGGCAUAAGGACCACCUGAAUUCAGAGUGUAAGUUUUCCCCUGAAAUCAACUUUCUUUAAAUACAAGAAUUGUAUAAACCUUGGAUCCAUGAAUAGUGCUAUAUACUUCAAUAUUCACUUAAAAUCUGACCUUUAUUAGCACAAAACUUAGAUUGAUGUGUCAGGAAGCUUGCUUGCAGGAUCAAGCCCUUAUUCCCUAGUUAAUAUUUAAUCUUUUUGUGGGGAAGUAUUGACAAACGUAUCUCUUGACAACAAAGUGUCUGUCCGAAUGUACUUAUGAAAAGCGCUGCAUUACUUAAACUUAUGCUUUUAUAAGGCAUAAGUGAAACUGAGUGCAUUUUUCUGUAAGAAUGAUAAUAUUGCUUCUGAAAUGUAUUUAUAUUUUGGAAAAAGAACAGCUAUCAUGGCAGAAACAAGUGUUAGAAAUGAGAUACUUUAUACAAUUAUAUUGAACUGUGUGCCAUUAGAAGUAUUUUAGUGAGGAAAAAUUACCUGAUUGAUGUUUUGGAUCACUUUCUCUCGGUUGUAGAAAAUAUCUCUUAUCAGUUCACUCACAAGCCGAAGGAAGCUUUCACAUCAAAGUCUCUCUAAAUUUUUCUGAAGUAGAAGAAUAUACAGCGAGAUUCUCAUCUAGAACUGCUAGUUCAGAUUUGAUUGGUUUCUAAUUUAGAUUCUGAUCUGGCAGUCAUAGCUGCACAGGCAAUCCAAAGCUUCACUGAUAUCAAUGGAGCUGUGUAUAUGGAUGCAGUCUGGGUGGAUCCAAUUGCAGGACAGGGGUCUAAAUGUUUUCAACAGUAUUAUAAGAUUGGUGGUAUAGCCUGAUAUAAUGUGUUAACAAUGAAUCAUAGCUCACUAAUUAAUUUGAUAAGCUAAUAGCUUUUUUCCCCCUCAGAAAUGUCAGUCUUAUUGUAAAUAGUUCCAUAAAAUAUUUUAACUGGAUCACAGACAUGGGGGCGGGGGAAGAGUUUCUCAGCUGCUAAGAAUUUUCCCCCAUGUUUACUUAUUUCAGUUAGUGACAUCCUGUAUAAUAAUAUUAUUCAUUUAAGCUUAUAUUUAAAAUGUAUUACCAUUUAAUUAAAAAAAAAACACUUAUCGUGAAGCAUAUCCAGUCCAUGAAUGGCUGGCUGGAACCUUAGUGGGUAGCCAAUCCUAUGAAUCAUUGAAAGACAGCAUAGCUUCAGCUAGCAGACUGUUUUAGUUAAUAUUUGGGCAUUUCAGUCUACAACUAGAUGGAUCCAUUUGCAUUAAAAAUGUCCCUGUGAGUGAAAAGAGACAGCUGUCAAUAGUUGCUUUUUUAAUAAGGUCACUAAGUACUAUAUAGUACAGUAUUAAUUUAUAGCAGAAAAUCAUAUCUUGUAAACUGUAUAUAAAACACUGUUCUAUGGUGCAAUCAUUUGUCAAAUUUGUCAUUUUGUUUUAAAGUUGUAUGCAUUCUUUUCAUACCUAAGAGCAUCACUGUAAAAUCUGCUGAAUACUAUUUAUAGGUUUUAUUUGCACAAGGAUUAGUUUUUAAACUACAGGAAGUUCCUGUUGAACAUGCCUAAACAUCUGUAGACUUUCAACUCAUUAAAGCAAAUGCUUCAGUAUGAAUCUUCUCCAAAGGUGGUAACCCAUGUUACAUGUUGUUGUUUACAUAAACUUUUCAGACUCUGCCAGCUGUUUUAUAUAUUUUGAAGGACAGCUUAUUCUAUUAUAAAUCACAGCACACUCUUGUUUAAUCUUCAUUUCAUUAUCACCUGAAAGGUUUAAUGUCACAGCAUAAUGCAAUUUGUGUAUACAUUUUGUAGUUUUAUUUGGUUAACCUCAAGUCCUAAUCAGAAACUUAAAAUACUUUAAAAAGGAAAAUUGUAAAUGUGUCUGUAUAACGCUUCUUGGAGACAGAAGGAAUAACUCACUAGAAGCUUUUUUAGUUUCUGUGUGGAGCAGUGUGUUUCUCCGAAAGCAUUUACAAACCCAUUCACCCUUUGACUUUCAUUGCUGAGCGUCUAGGCAUUUAACAACUGGUCCAAAGUGCUGGUAGUGUGUAACAACGCUAGACUUAAUCCUGCUCCUGCCUUUACUCAAGCAGAACUCUUUGGGUUAGUUUCAAUGGGCGUUUCUCUUGAGUGACACGCUCAGCGGCAGGAUUAGGCUCCUCGACUCCAUGGACCGGUACUGCUGUUUCAGAGCCUCUGUGUAAGCAUUGCAGCCUAUCCCUGGACAUGCCCAUUCACCAGGAACCCUGGCUCCACUCUAGGCUGUCCUCUGCAAACGGUGCGAAGGAUGGAAGAGAUGAAGGCAAGAAGUGUCUGCCACUCGCUCGUCCGGCCUCGGCGUUAGCGGUCACCUUGCUCCUGGGCGGCAGGGAAGUCUGUGCUGCAGCGGCCUCCUCCCCCAGCCUCGGACACUCUUCAGGCGCUGGUGGCCAGGCACCUGCCUCUACGGACUGCGCAAACGAACAGACUUUUCUUCAUUGUAUUUUUGUUAUCGAGCAAGUUUAUCAAAAUAAAUUGUCUACGACA